UAACUAAUAAAGUGUUUUGAUGCGAAGGAAAAUGGAGGCGUCCAUCGCUGUGUAAUUGCAAGCAUUACGGUUAAAGCUCCUGUUUGUGAAGUAUGGAAUGUUCUCACUGCCUAUGAGAAACUGAGUGAGAUCAUUCCAAAUUUAGCAAUCAGUAAGAUUUUAUCGCGAUAUAACAAUAAAAUCCGCAUUCUUCAGGAAGGGUGUAAAGGCCUUCUUUAUAUGGUGCUUCAUGCUCGAGUCAUAUUAGAUUUGUGUGAAAAUUCAGAGCAAGAGAUAGGUUUUGAACAGGUUGAAGGGGAUUUUGAUUCGUUUCAAGGAAAAUGGAUUUUUGAACAACUAGGAAAUCAUCACACAUUUGCUGAAGUACUCUGUGGAUAUAAAAAUGCACAAAGAUACUUUCCUUUCGGAGGCUAUCAUGGAGGAGGUCAUUUUUGAAGAUCUACCAUCCAAUUUGUCAGCAAUAAGAGACUAUGUUGAGAACAGAAAUGGAUUAAAAACUUCAGAAGCUAGUGGGAAGAAUACAAAUUCAAGGCAACAAAUUGCUUCGUCUGGUUUUGAAAAGGAGGAAGACAAUGUUCAAAGUUCAUGUCAGCAAAGGCCGAAAGUUCCAGGCUUACAAAGGGAUAUCGAAAUACUGAAAUCCGAACUUGUGAAGUUCAUUGCAGCACAUGGACAAGAAGGGCUUAUGCCAAUGAGGAAGCAUCUUCGUUUACACGGAAGAGUUGCUAUUGAGAAGGCUAUCACUCGCAUGGGUGGAUUCAGAAAGAUUGCAACCAUCAUGAAUCUUUCCUUGGCUUACAAACAACGAAAACCAAAGGGUUACUGGGACAAACUUGAAAAUUUGCAGGAUGAGAUAAGUCGAUUUCAAAGGAAUUGGGGAAUGGAUCCUUCAUUUAUGCCUAGCAGAAAGUCAUUUGAACGUGCAGGUAGGUUUGAGAUAUCCUGCUCUCGACUUUGAUUUCGCUGCUUACAAUAAACUAUAGAUUUACAUGGAUUCCUUCAACUCUAUUGAGGAAGAAAAACAUGUGGAAAUAUCACAUAAACUUAUCAUGUGUUGAUUUUUUC